GAGGCAAUGCUACCAACGUUCUCUUUGAGGUAAGCGAUAUAGGAAAUUUUGAUGCGCUUCGAUCCAGAGAGAAAUACUGAUUAACUGUGCGAUAGUGAUUUCCGAAGUAAUUACGAGCAAAAGUGCUCGAAACUUUUCCUGCACAGCAAUAAAAGAGAAAAAAAAAAAAAAAAAAACAAAAGCUCGAAGCGUUAUGAGAUAAGGAACACACACUUCGAUGACACUCCUGCCAGCUUAAACUUUCACUUCAGUCGCAUUCGUGCGUUGGCUCGGUGAGAACCUCCGUCAGCUCCCCCAUAUCUCGCUCUUAUUUCAUAACACACAUCCUACCCUUCUCUUUUUUUCCCCAUCUCUUUUCCUCUCCGGCGGUCAAUCGAGGGCUUACUCAACCGAGUCGACCGAAAGACUUUCGAUCUCUCCUCGCUCCACUUUCGUAAAACUGCCUGCACCGAGCGGUCAGCCACGCACCUUCACAAUAAUACCUACGCAAGCUUAAGUAUAUAUGCACCUUUGCACAUCGAAUACAAGCAAAUGUAAAUUGUUCUCGCGACUCUUUGACCUCUCCGUUUUUUUCUUUUCGUGCAUCAUAUUUGCCAUUGUAAUCUUCGAAUCGGCCACAAAGUAAAACGAAAAAUGCCGUGCCCGUUCUUGUCUCGUCUCUCGGCCAACGUCGUUCGUAAUUAUGGGGCCUCGGUUGUCAUGAAUUACCGACAACACUGCCCGGUAAUGUCGAGGCUGUCGAGCACUCUGAGCGAACCUCAACAGCUGGAGCUCGUGGAAGCUGCCGCAGCUGCAAUCGAGUCCUCGAAAGCUUCGCUUCCUGAUCCUAGUGCGAGCAAGUGUCCUUUCCUGUCCAAGGAACGCGAGGCUAUUAAGGAGGCGAGUCUGGCUGUAAAGGAGGACGUCAUCGAUUUGGCCCAGAGUCCCCAAGAGAAGGAAAAAAUCUUUCCCUACGAGGAGUUUUUCGAUCAACAAAUUUUACGCAAGAAAAAAGACCACUCGUACAGGGUUUUUAAAAAAGUCAACCGCUUAGCGCAAGAGUUUCCCGCUGCCUUAGAAUAUUCUUGGGGCGAAAAGCCCAUCACAGUGUGGUGCUCAAAUGAUUAUCUCGGCAUGUCUCGGCACCCGGAAGUCACCGGUGCCGUUCGACAAGCACUGGACAAGUACGGAGCUGGUGCAGGUGGCACCAGAAAUAUAUCCGGCAACUCAAUGGGCCACGAGAUUUUGGAAAAACGAUUGGCCUCGUUGCAUCAAAAAGAAGCUGGACUUCUUUUCACGUCUUGCUUUGUCGCCAAUGACUCGACCUUGUUUACGCUGGCCAAGAGCCUUCCAGGCUGUCAUAUUUUCUCAGAUGCUGGUAAUCAUGCCUCAAUGAUACAAGGAAUCAGAAACAGCAGCGUACCAAAGCACAUUUUCCGGCAUAACGACGUUGCCCACUUGGAAGAGCUUUUGGCAAAAGUUGAUAAAAACGUGCCGAAAAUAGUAGCAUUUGAAACAGUGCAUUCGAUGACUGGGGACAUUUCUCCACACGAGCAGCUGUGCGACGUAGCUCACAAAUAUGGCGCGUUAACGUACGUUGAUGAGGUGCACGCUGUCGGUCUCUACGGUCACCAUGGAGCUGGCAUUGGCGAAAGGGACUUGUGCUCGCACAAAAUGGACAUAAUAUCUGGUACUCUCGGAAAAGCUUUCGGUAAUGUCGGAGGAUAUAUCGUUGGCACAGCGAAAUUGGUAGAUAUGGUAAGAAGUUACGCAGCAGGUUUCAUAUUCACGACAUCCCUGCCGCCAACUGUUUUGUACGGAGCUUUAAGCUCAAUUGAAAUACUCGCUUCGGAGGAAGGUCGAGCUUUGAGAAAGACUCAUCAAAAGACGGUUGCCUACAUGAAAUCUAAUCUCAGUGCUGCCGGACUUCCCAUUAUUCCGUCGCCUUCGCACAUCAUCCCGAUAAAAAUAGGAGAUCCGCUUUUGUGUAAUCAAAUUGCCGACACGAUGUUGAAAGAAAAGGGCCAUUAUGUUCAAGCAAUAAAUUAUCCUACUGUGGCAAAAGGCGAGGAAAGACUUCGAAUAGCUCCUACUCCAAAACAUUCAGAAGAAAUGGUUGACGAAUUUGUAAAGGAUGCGUUAGAAGUUUUUGACCGUUUGGAUGUUCCAAUGGAUAAAGUCGAAAAACCGAUUGAAAUGCUGUCAAGACCAAUUUUGGUGUAUUGACAUAAUUUGUAAUAAAUGUUGUUUUUAUAUAUUAUAAAUUAUAACAUAAUAACGAAAUCUUUACAUUCGUACUGUUAUCAUUAGGUUGAGGAAUCUUAUGAUUCGGACUUGAGGUAAAAAUUUAUUUUAAUAUGUAAAAUGAUAUUAANAAAA